CCACAUUCCACAGGAUUCCUUGCUGCAGCGCGGCUCCUUGCUUAAAGCUUUGGUUGCAUGGCCUCAAUGCACCUAGACCUACCUACUAAUUACCACCCGCUCUGGAAUGUACUGUAUGGCAUGUUUAAUCUAAGAUUUGUGAACUGCACUUUCUUUUUCUUACCGUCUUCUUCACAGUCCCUCAAUUGAGAGGCAAAGUCUUGUGUCAGGCAUCGAUUCGUUCUGAUUGCUCGCUCUUGUGCGUGUAUGUGCACUCACACUCUCUCCCUCCAACUCCCACACUCCGUCCAUUCAUCAUACGAUUUCUUUCUGCAAGGAUUAAAUCAACAAAACUCAAUCUCGCCGUCGCCAUGGCGAGUUUUCACACCAGGACUGCAGCCGUCAGUUCGGUAGCCUUGAGGGUUCUGUCAUAUUUCUUUCUCAGAUGGGGUCUUUUGCCCCUCAUCCCAGCGGUGGUUUUUGGGCUAUUCGCCAUUUAUGUCCCCAGCUUCAUUUCGGGAUAUAAAAAGGACAUCGCCGACGAUGUGGUUGUCAGAGACACAACAAUCACGUCUCCUCCAGUCGUCAAGCAAGAAAAUGGCAAGGUCACAAUUGUCUCGGAAGAGGUUGAGAUUCAUGAGGUGAUCGAGAAGAAACCGUACAAGCUAUGGCGGACCCUUCUUGGGGGGAGGCCGAAUCCACGCUCUCCCCUCGCCUCUUAUCUCACCUUUGUCGUCAACAUCUUGCUGGUGGGCAUGGUUGCGGACCGGUUGUUCCGGGAGCAUCUCUACCCGACUGAGGGCCUAUCUUUUGUCCGGGUUGGUCACGUCUCAGACACGGAGGCCAAGUUUCUCAUCCGCGAGCCCGACCAGACCAAAAUGCCCGUCACCCUCCAGAUCCGCCUCAAAGACCCUGAGCCGCCGUUCGAGAUGUCGACCUGGCAGAGUGUGGGAGGUGUUCGAUGGACUUUGAACGAGACUGAUUACACCGCAGUUCUGACCGCCCCAUUGCGCCACUCGAAACAGCGCACCUAUGAGUGGCAGACAUCCAACAACCAUUCUGGCGAGUUCACCUCUGCGCCAAGGCCAGGCCAAACCCCUGAUCUGUUCAACGGAAAGUUUACUUUUCUUUCCACCUCAUGCAUAGUUCAGCGCCUACCGUAUAACCCCUCAGACCAUGCACUUGCAAUUCCCGGCAUGAGGCAUUUGGCCAAGGUCCUACCAACUCUUGGGGCUCAGUUCAUGCUGUUCCUCGGCGAUUUCAUAUACAUUGACGUACCGAAGCGCUGGGGUACCCACGUCGAUGUUUACAGGCAGGAGUAUCGCCAGGUCUAUGCAUCACCCGAUUGGCCCGGUGUUGGACAGAAUCUUAGCUGGAUCCACGUCCUCGACGAUCACGAAAUUGCCAAUGACUGGCAUGCAAACAAAACAGGCGUGUACGAGGCCGCCGUUGACCCUUGGCAUCACUAUCAGACGGCUGUGAACCCGCCGCCCGCCAGACAGGCUGGUCUUCAGGCAGCAAGGGCAGGUGCGACGUAUUUUGAGUUCUCACAGGGACCUGCAAGCUUCUUCAUGCUCGACACGCGCACGUAUCGCUCCAGCAAUUUGGUCAAGCCUUAUGAUAGUCCCGAGAAGACGAUGCUUGGAAAAGAGCAACUGGAUGAUUUCUUGGACUGGUUACAGCGCCCUGAGCCUAAGGGGGUCAAGUGGAAAGUUGUAGCAUCGUCGGUCCCGCUCACCAAGAACUGGCGCGUCAACACCCAGGACACGUGGGGUGGAUUCCUUGCCGAGCGGCAAAAGAUUCUUGAGGCCAUGUGGGACGUUGGCGCGCGUGGCCUGGGCGUCGUUGUUCUGUCGGGCGACAGGCAUGAGUUCGCCGCUACCAAGUUCCCUCCCCCGGCUGGCUCCAAGUGGCCUGAAAGCUCAGCGGUUCAUGAGUUUUCUGUGAGCCCGCUUAGCCAGUUCUACUCGCCCAUUCCGACCUAUCGUCAGACAGACGAUGAGGAUGUUGAGAUCAAAUACAUCAACAAGGGAAAUUCUAAAUUCGGAGCCAUCACACUGGAGAACCUGGCAGGAGGGGAACAGAGUACCUUGACGUACCGUCUUUUUAUUGAUGGGGUGGAGACUUGGGACACUGUUGUACUAUCGCCACCAGAGCCGCGCAAGGAAAGGGCACCUAGCUUCUGGGAUAACAUCCUGUAAAAGCUUUGAUACUCUGUGUCAAGGUUCUGGGAAACGGAUGUGUAUUUCAUUUGUUUGUCUGUGACUACUGCGUCAGAGCUUUGAGCGAAGGAGCGAGACUAGCCUGGGGCAAAGGAUUGCAUAUUUCAAUUUUCUAGGUCGUUUUGUCUAUGGGACUUGUAAGGCUGCUAGAUUAGACCAAGCAGCGGGAUAUAUCCUUGCUAAUGAACAACAAUCUUC